AUGUCGAAACUUGCUAAUCGUGCUGACUGGGCGGACGACGAGGAGUUCGACGAAGCUCAAUCCCUCCCACCCCAACAAGUGAUCACUAACAAAGACGGUACCAAGACUGUUAUUUCUUAUCGAUUUAACGACGACGGCAAGAAAGUAAAAACCAGCCGCCGAAUUCGAACAACUGUGGUCAAGGAACACGUGAACCCCAGAGUCGCAGAACGGCGAGGAUGGCCAAAGUUUGGGCUUGAAAAGGGCCAUCCGGCUGGUCCCUCGUUCGAUACUACCUCCGUUGGUGAAAAUAUUAUCUUCAGACCUAGUGUAAACUGGAAAGCACAAGCGAAAGAAGCAGAGAAAGCAGGCCCUGAGAAGGGAAGCAUCAAAGACCAACUAAAGGACAAGAAAGUCAAGUGCCGAAUUUGUUCCGGGGAACAUUUCACUGCCAAAUGUCCGUUCAAGGAUACGAUGGCACCAGUUGAAGAACCUGGUGCAGGCACCGGUGACGAUGCGGGUGAAGAGCGGCCAACUGGCGCCCUGGGUGCUGGUGGCAGCAGUUACGUGCCGCCCCAUCUACGCAAAGGUGGUGCUUCAGCUGGAGAGCGCAUGGGCGGAAAAUAUGAGCGAGACGAUCUGGCAACUCUUCGCGUUACAAAUGUGAGCGAGCUGGCCGAAGAACAAGAAAUUCGGGACAUGUUUGAAAGAUUCGGUCGCGUCACAAGAGUCUUUCUGGCAAAGGAUAGGGAAACAAAUAUGGCAAAAGGCUUCGCCUUCAUUUCGUUCCAAGAUAGAAGUGAUGCUGCUCGCGCAUGCGAGAAAAUGGACGGCUUUGGUUAUCGGCAUCUGAUCCUACGCGUGGAGUUUGCGAAGAAGACUACGUAA